AUGGCACUCGCUAGAGAAAUCAUGGGCUCUUCUUUAACGCAGAAAUCUGCAUUUCUUGGUUCAUCAAAUUUUCUUGUAAAUCGUAAGCACGACCACUGUUUUAAUCUGGUUCCUGCCCAAAGAAAGAGAUUUCAGGUGAAAAGAGCAUCAAAGGUUCCUAUUCUUGUCGCAGCAAUCAAUGAGGAUUUCGAUUUUGCUUCAACCUUGUCUGCAAACUCAAGUGCCUCAUGUUCAGAGCCUAUAUCAAGAGAAUCAAGAAGACAACCCGGGGAAAAUUUUCCUAUGGUCAGUAGAAGAAACACAAUGAACCGGCAACCACCAUUUUUGAUCUAUUCGUUGAGGCUGAAGUAUCCUCCUGAAUGA